ACAACAACAACAACAACAACAACAACAACAACAACAACAACAACAACAACAACAACAACAACAACAACAACAACAACAACAACAACCAUCCAAUACUCCCAAUCACACCUUAUUCAUUUAUCAACAUGUUCGAAUUCGACGAGGGCCGUGAGCAGCGCGACGAGGUGUACAACGGUGAGCACCAGAGCCACUUCACCCAUGAGCUCAUUGGUGGUGGUGCCGCCUUUGAGGCCAUGAAGCUGUUCGAGGACAGCCAGCGCAAGAAGGGCGAGACUGUCAACCAUGGCUUUGCCAAGGAGGUCCUUGCUGGCCUUGCUGGUGCCGAAGUCGACAAGCUGUUCGAGACCAAGGGACUCGACUUUGUCGACAAGGAGAAGGCCAAGCACCACGCCAAGAGGCAAGCCGAGCAGCUGUACGACCAGCAGUAUGGUCAAGACGAUCAGUACGACCCCAACCAAUCUCGCCGCCACGAGUCUAUGGACUACUAGAGCAGGACUCAUGCAUAUGUCAAGCAGAGUGUUGGAUUAAGUAAAUGAAAUACAAAGUGGAAUAAAUCAUCAUCUCA